UCAAAAUUUCAUAAUCUAAUGUGAUAUUGUUAUGAAUGAGUGAUUAUUUUCAUUUUUUCUUAAUUGUUUAAGACUAUUAAAGCGGCACAUAAGGGAUCUGGUUCGGAAAAGAUGGGUCAAACAACGUGCAAGGAAUUUGGAAAGGUUGGUGAGAAGGAAAAGAAAGUUGCCCAAAAGAGUUUCAGGCCUGAGAAUGCUGAAAAAAAGCAAAAGGGUACUGUACUAAGAAAGGUGGAGCAAACUGAGAAAAAGGUUGGUGAGAAGGAAAAGAAAGUUGCCCAAAAGAAUUUCAAGCCUGAGGAUGCUGAAAAAAAGCAAAAGGGUACUGUACUGAAAAAGGUGGAGCAAACUGAGAAAAAGGUUGGUGAGAAGGAAAAGAAAGUUGCCCAAAAGAGUUUCAGGCCUGAGAAUGCUGAAAAAAAGCAAAAGGGUACUGUACUAAGAAAGGUGGAGCAAACUGAGAAAAAGGUUGGUGAGAAGGAAAAGAAAGUUGCCCAAAAGAAUUUCAAGCCUGAGGAUGCUGAAAAAAAGCAAAAGGGUACUGUACUGAAAAAGGUGGAGCAAACUGAGAAAAAGGUUGGUGAGAAGGAAAAGAAAGUUGCCCAAAAGAGUUUCAGGCCUGAGAAUGCUGAAAAAAAGCAAAAGGGUACUGUACUAAGAAAGGUGGAGCAAACUGAGAAAAAGGUUGGUGAGAAGGAAAAGAAAGUUGCCCAAAAGAAUUUCAAGCCUGAGGAUGCUGAAAAAAAGCAAAAGGGUACUGUACUGAAAAAGGUGGAGCAAACUGAGAAAAAGGUUGGUGAGAAGGAAAAGAAAGUUGCCCAAAAGAGUUUCAGGCCUGAGAAUGCUGAAAAAAAGCAAAAGGGUACUGUACUAAGAAAGGUGGAGCAAACUGAGAAAAAGGUUGGUGAGAAGGAAAAGAAAGUUGCCCAAAAGAAUUUCAAGCCUGAGGAUGCUGAAAAAAAGCAAAAGGGUACUGUACUGAAAAAGGUGGAGCAAACUGAGAAAAAGGCUGUUGAGAAAGAGGAACGGACUCCUUCCAAAAAGAUGGAUCAGGAGAAGGUCACAUUGAAGAAACAAUGGAAGGUUGUUCAGAAAGCCGCUAGAGAAGAGCAUGAAGAAUCUUCAUUGAUAAUGGAGGUACAAACAUCAUGCAGAGUUGAUGAGAAAGAAAAGGAGAUUGCCCAUAGCUUCAUGCAAUUAAAAUGUGAGAAAACAGAGGAAAAACAAAAGGCAAUCCUCUUAAGAACAGUGGAGCAGACAGAGAUAAAGGCUGCUGAGGACAAGCAAUCUUUUCCAGAAAGGAUAGAGCAUGAAGACAAGAAGGUCGACAUGCUAUCAUUACCAGAGGAGAAACAAACUCUUUCCGGAAGAUCAGAGCAGCAAGAUUACAAGGCUGCUAGGGAAAAGGGUAAAGAAGCCACGUCAGAAAAGGGUGAACAGACAGAAUUCAAGGCUGGCACAGAGGAGGGUAAAGAAACUACUUUGGGAAAGGGUGGCCUGAUAGAACACAAGGCUGCUAUGGAAAAGUGUAAAGAAACCACUUUGGAAAAGGGUGGACAGAUAGAAUGCAAGUUUUACACAAUGCCAGGAGGUUGUAAGUAUGGGAAAUCCUGCAAAUAUGUUCAUUCUCAAACGAAAAUGGAAGGCAAUUCAUCAAAAUUGAACUUCGUAGGCCUUCCAAUUAGACUGCAAGCUAUCUAG